AUAGUUUCCCUAUGUUUGUUCAUUUUUGGUUAGCACACGAAAAUAAGAACAUUAUAUAUUCGUAAAUUUUUGCUACAAAAAUGGGAAUUUAAUUUGGGAGAAAAAAAAAACGAAACCGUCGAGUCGACAUCCAAAAAGACGAGAAGUAUCACCACCGGUAAGAAAACUCGAGUUCGAAAUCGUGACAGUUAGUUUAACGGUGUAGAGGAGUAACAGCUAAGCAAGAAAAAGGCGGUUCUGUCUGCUGGAAAGGCGGUAAUAGAAGUUUCUCGAGAGAGAGACAAGAACAUUAAAAAAGUCGUUGAUGAUGUUGAAACGGAGUCGUUUCGUUUUGUCUGAUCGGUGGUACUCACUGCUCAACUCAUAGGUACUCUCUUAGGUUUAAGAGAAGGAUAAGAAAAAAAAAAGGAGAUUGUUAGGUUGGCGUUGUGAUGGGGAAGGUCGCGGUUGCGUUUGCGGCGGCUGCGGUUGUGGCCGCUUGUUCUGUAGCGGCGGUGAUGGUGAGGAGGAGAGUGAAGAGUCGUAGGAAAUGGAGGACUGUGGUGGAGAUUUUGAAGGAGUUGGAGGAGGGUUGUGAUACUCCGGUGGGGAGGUUGAGGCAAGUGGUGGAUGCUAUGGCCGUGGAGAUGCACGCUGGAUUGGCUUCUGAAGGAGGCUCUAAGCUUAAAAUGCUCCUCACUUUCGUCCAUGAGUUGCCUAAAGGGACGGAGAAAGGAACUUAUUAUGCACUACACCUUGGAGGCACUUACUUUAGGAUUUUGAGAGUCCUUCUAGGUGGUGAAAGGUCAUAUCUAGAUGUUCAAGAUGUUGAACGACAUCCCAUACCUUCACAUUUGAUGAAUAGCACCAGCGAGGUUCUUUUUAACUUUCUCGCCUUUUCCUUGGAAAGAUUCAUCGAAAAAGAAGGAGACGGGUCUAGUUCACAAGGUGUUAAAAGGGAACUUGCAUUUACGUUUUCGUUUCCUGUCAAGCAUAGCUCUAUAUCUUCAGGAGUUCUAAUCAAAUGGACCAAAGGUUUUGAGAUUAGUGAAAUGGUUGGGAAAGACAUAGCUGAAUGUCUACAAGUAGCGCUGAACAGAAGAGGCCUUGAUAUGCAUGUUGCGGUUCUUGUGAAUGAUACUGUCGGAGCCUUGUCACUUGGAUAUUAUCAUGACCCAGAUACAGUUGUUGCGGUUGUAUUUGGAACAGGUAGUAAUGCAUGUUACUUGGAACGAACUGAUGCCAUGAUCAAGUCUCAGGGUCUGCUUACAACUUCAGGAAGCAUGGUAGUCAAUAUGGAGUGGGGUAAUUUUUGGUCCUCACACCUGCCAAGGACUUCAUAUGACAUUGACUUGGAUGCAGAGAGUUCAAAUUCAAACGAAAUGGGAUUUGAGAAGAUGUUAUCAGGAAUGUAUCUGGGUGACAUUGUUCGAAGAGUUAUUCUUCGCAUGUCACAAGAAUCUGAUAUCUUUGGACCCUCCUCUUCUUUGUUAUCUGAGCCUUACGCUCUUAGAACAAACUCAGUCUCAGCCAUGCAUGAAGAUGAUACACCUGAGCUGCAGGAAGUAACAAGAAUCUUGAAAGACUUGGGGGUAUCAGAAGUACCAUUGAAGGUGAGAAAACUCGUGGUGAAAGUAUGCGACGUGGUGACAAGAAGAGCGGGGAGGCUAGCAGCAGCAGGGAUUGCAGGGAUCUUGAAGAAGAUAGGCAGAGAUGGAAGCGGAGGUAUCACGAGCGGGAGAAGCAGAAGCGAAAUCCAAAUGCAGAAGAGAACAGUUGUUGCAGUAGAAGGAGGUUUGUACAUGAACUACUCCAUGUUUAGAGAAUACAUGGAAGAAGCUCUGGUCGAGAUUUUAGGAGAAGAAGUGAGUCAGUACGUGGUCGUUAAAGCCAUGGAAGAUGGUUCUAGCAUUGGCUCUGCUCUUCUCGUUGCCUCGUUGCAGUCAUGAUGAAUAUAGUCAUCGUUCCUAUUAUUGUCUAUAGAAUUGGUUUCUGCGUCUAUGUGUGUAAAUGUAUUUAUUCAAUAUUUGUUUGUUGUUAA